AUGGCUGCCGACAACCAGGGUACCGAGGAGCAAAUCCUCCAAUGGUACUCAAAUCUCUACAGCCGCCGGGUCGACCUGGUUGGCGACUUCGCGGGUAGUGAGCGGUUCCUCGUACACGGCGAAUCACUUUUGCUUCAGUGCUUUAGCGACCCACAUAUCGAUUUCGAUCCUGGAUACCAAUUACUACACGCGUCGUACGCUGUUGAGAAAUUCCUACAGGGUCUCGUCUCUCGAGCCUGCAACUUCCAUAUUGCUUUCUUCGACGAACAUCAAGAUCUUUGCGUACCCCAGGAUGCACCACCAGCAAUCAGCGAAAAGUACCUACUUGCACGAGCAGCUAUUAUUCGCCAUCUCAAGGUCAACCUACCAGAUGUUGUUCCAGAAAUUGAGAUCAAUACCUUUCCAUCAGUAUCUUCAGAUGCGUUUGCCGAGUACCUACAGGCUACAGACAUUUACUUCGUCUUGUGUCAUGAUGGAGCCUCGUUCACUGAUAUCCGUAAGAGAUUGAUCCUACAGAAGGAUCUCGACUCGCUUCAGAGCGAAGACCGCGAUGUGCAGGAGCGCCAGCAAGAGUACAAGACUUCUUUCCGCAGUUUCAUAUACAGUAUGAUGCAGCGGGGAUACAGUGCUGCGCUUGUAAACGGACUGGAAUGGGCCGACACCAAGGUCGUUACAACUGUUCUAGAGCAUGCCCGUUCGAUGACACUUGAUGUCUCAUCAGCUGAGCCUCAUACAAACAAGAGAUUGACUGACGUCGUCGAUCUAUCGCAUAUGCGCGGCUUUUUGCAGACUAUCAGAACGUCGUGCGAUCAGCUUCUAACUGAGCGUGAAUACCUGACGGUACUGGUAGCCUCGAAGCUGGCAGCUUCGCACGCCGACCUGUCGUCUGUGCUGCUGCAACAUGCAGCACUACUUUCAGAACUUCCUCUGUCUGAUCGUAUUAUCAAACAUCGCGACAUCCCGGACGAAGUCAAGUCCUUCAUCUUGGAUUUCUGCCACGAGGCACGCAAGUUCAUUGGUAGCCCAGCAUGGGCAGAGGCCUUCAAGGGUCAUCCAGAUUGCGAUCUCGCGGAUUUGAUCGAUGGUCGCCUUCUCGCAUCGUGUGCCCGCAACCCCACAACGGAGCCCAGCGAACACCUUCAGACCCUACUCAAAGCCACAGCGGCUUUGGAUGCGCACAAUCUUCCGUCUCAACCAAAAGCUUCUUCCACAGCAAGUGAAGACUCUACUGCAACCAACGGUAACGAUGAAGCGACAUCUACGUACAAGGUUCUACCCUUCUCGAAUAGCAUUUUCGACCCACAUCUGUCCCCUAUUAAACUAGACGUAUCAAAGUCAGGAGGCAAGGCAGAUACGACUACUGCCAACAUCUUCCGCGAAGUCACGCAUUGGCACAACCAAAGAUCGCUAAACCAAAAGACAAAGGUUGUUGUGGAAAAAGACCCCAAAAUAGCGAAGAAGGCUCUCCGUCGAAACCAGUUCUUCAUGGCUGAGAUGACUACAUACGCCGCCAGUCUGACGAACGCUGUUGGUAAAGUGCUAGACCCAGAGACUAUCACUCUCGGCGACAAGUCGAAAGCUGGCCAAGCGAAAUCCAUGACACCCACCCAGACAAUCGAGAACAAACGACCAAAGCAAACGUCAAGGCAGAGCACCAAGAACAUCAACGCAUCAAAGGAGGCUAUGCUUGCCAACAUUGCCGCAAGCUCCAAGCGCAAAGACGAGGAGAACGCGAAGCAAUGGUACCAAGCCUGGACAGUCUCAUGCGCAGGCCUCGAGAAGCAGGUCGACUUAGCUUCAAGAUACAACAAAGCCAGGCAAUAUCUUGCCGACCGCAAUGCGGCCCAGCGUCAAGUCAUUGGUCCUGAUGUUCAGAUGUACAUGCUGAACGUUCUUCUGGAGAUGUGGGUACGUUUCUGCCGCGACGGUGCCAAAGAGAAGGGCCUGUAUGUCGCCGCACUCCUGUUCGACACUGCGCGAACUCUUUGCAAUUACGUAACUGUAAGCAAGACCAUCGCGAAAUGUCUUACUAUAACAGUGGAGCGCCUGAAGCUACCAACGCUGCAAGUUCCAGCAGAACAAGGUGAUCGGAAGCUGCCCUUCAAGUUUGUUCUAGACGAGACUGUCGUAUCGGACUUAGCCUUGACUCUUUCUCCAGAGGAGUUCCAGCUUCUCCAUUGUGGACCAUACUUUGACCGUACGAUCGAUUCGGCACCAGACUCCCGCGUUCCCUUUGAGCCAGAUGCGUGGCAACGACGUGUGCUAGAUGAGAUCGAUGCACGCCGCAGCUUGCUCGUUAUUGCGCCGACCUCAGCGGGUAAGACGUUCAUUUCGUUCUACGCCAUGAAACAGGUCUUGGAGGCGAACAAUGACGAUGUUCUUGUCUAUGUCGCUCCCACCAAAGCUUUAGUCAACCAGAUCGCCGCUGAGAUUCAGGCUCGCUUCUCGAAGAACUACAAGUACAGUCAGUCCGUAUGGGGCAUUCACACACGAGACUACCGGAUUAAUAACCCUACCGGAUGUCAAAUACUCGUGACAGUUCCCCACAUCCUACAGAUCAUGUUGCUGGCUCCUAGCAACGCGAGGAGUUGGUCCGAGAAGGUCAAGUGGAUCAUCUUCGAUGAAGUUCAUUGUAUUGGUCAAGCCGAGGAUGGCCUGGUCUGGGAGCAACUGCUCCUCAUGGCUCCUUGCCCCAUCAUCGCCCUCUCUGCUACUAUCGGCAACGCAGAAUCUUUUAACGACUGGCUUUCAGCCACCCAAAAAGCUGCUGGUAACGAAUUGGUCAUGGUACAACAUCCGCACAGGUAUUCUGACCUUCGGAAGUUUGUGUACUCACCGCCCGCCAAACGUAAUGCAGCCAGCUAUCUGCCACUUCCGAGCAGCCGUUCGUUUGCACAGCUUGGGUUGGACGAGCACACGGACUUCGCCUUCCUCCAUCCUGUAGCUAGCUUGAUCAACCGCACUCGCGGAUUGCCCAGCGAUCUGUCUCUCGAGGCACGAGACUGCCUCACUCUAUGGCAGAGCAUGACCAAAUACCAGACAGCUGAAUACCCGGUAGACAAGUCUCUGGAUCCCUCCUCAAUACUGCCAACAGUCAUCAAGAAGGCUGAUAUAAUCAACUGGCAGUCUGGUCUCAAGAAGCUUCUGACUGCUUGGAUGGCUGACGAUAAGUCGCCUUUUGCUGAAGUCCGCAAGGAUCUUAGCAGCUCAUUAUCUGGCUUACAAGAGCACCAAAUGAGCGAGGAUGCCACCGACGACGGCGUAGGCAACGAGGGGCAAUUGGAUGAGCUGGGCAUGGAGAUCAGUCACGAUAUCUCCAGCAUACUUCCUUUGCUCGCUGAUUUACAACAGCAAGAUGCACUUCCGGGUAUCAUCUUCAACUACGAUCGUGCGAUCUGCGAGAAGAUGUGCCAAACGCUCAUGAAGCAACUUGUAGAUGCCGAGGUCGCCUGGAAGGAGACAAGUCCAAAGUGGAAGAUCAAGCUGCAACAGUGGGAGGACUGGAAGAAGGAGGUCGCGAGACGAGAGAAGCAAGGUCUUCGUGGAGAUGCUUCCAAGGGCAUGACCAAGCAGGAUCAGAUGAAAGAGGCUGCCAACGUCGAAGUCAGCGCCUUUGCCUCGUUCGAUCCAAACAAGCCCCUCGAUGGAUUCCACUUUGCAGACCACAAGAAGUUGUCGCAAGAAGAGUUCGCUGUACACGCGAAAGAGUUACGUUAUCGCGGGGUCGACGAAUGGCUCAUCGAUGGUCUCAUGCGCGGUAUAGGUGUCCAUCACGCUGGUAUGAACCGAAAGUACAGGUAUUGCGUCGAGAUGCUCUUCCGAAAGGGUUACUUGCGCGUGGUGAUUGCGACUGGUACACUUGCUCUCGGUAUCAAUAUGCCAUGUAAGACUGUGGUCUUUUCAGGAGACUCGGUCUUCUUAACGGCACUCAACUUCCGUCAGGCCGCUGGUCGUGCCGGCCGUCGAGGUUUCGACAUGCUUGGAAAUGUCGUCUUCCAUGGAGUGUCUCUAAGCAAGAUACACAAGCUCAUCAGCUCCCGACUACCCGAUCUCAAUGGACACUUCCCCAUAACGACAACUCUCGUUCUGCGUUUGUUCACACUGUUGAACUCGUCCGAGAACGCGCCAUUCGCCGUCCGAUGCGUCAACUCCCUACUCUCACAGCCACGACUCUAUCUUGGCGGCGAGGACGCGAAGAUGACAGUCCUACACCAUCUGCGCUUCUCGAUUGAAUAUCUCCGGAGACAACAUCUUCUGGACGCCCAAGGUGUACCCCUGAACUUUGCGGGUGCCGUAUCACAUCUCUACUUUACAGAGAAUUCGUCGUUUGCCUUCCACGCGCUACUAAAGGACGGAUACUUCCACGAGCUCUGCGCUAAGAUCGACACGAACAAGGAGACAGUUUUGCGCGAACUCAUGCUCACGAUGUCGCAUCUAUUUGGUCGACGUCAUUGUCGACAGGCCGAUGAAGAAUACGUACGCGAGAUAGUCAAGAAGAGCCCGUCGCUUGUGUUCCUACCUUCGAUGCCAGAACACGCUGCGAACGUGUUGCGCCGUCACAAUAAGACUACACUCGAUAUCUUCACAGCUUACGUGCGCACCUUCGUUGAUCAACACGUCCAGGAGCCGGACAACACUCUACCAUUGACAGAUGUUACGGUCGGUGGUGAUGCCUCCUCGAAAUCAGAGAAGGCUCAGAACCAGAACGUGAAGGCCCGUUCUGCAUUCGUUGCUCUUUCAGGGUACGACGACAAGUUCGAGUCCAUCCACGACUUGUGCAGCACUAGCCGUUCUGGUGUAUUCCUUGAAGAAGCUGUUGUGCCUCACGUCGGUCUUUAUCCCGAAGACUCCGACCUCCCGCUGAACGCUUAUCUGUAUGAUUUCUUCAUGCACGGGGACGUCAAUGCUCUUAUUACAGCUAACAAGAUCCGUCGUGGAGAUGUAUGGUUCGUCCUGAACGAUCUCAGUAUGACGCUUGCUACUAUUACUACGAGCUUGUCGAGCUUCUUGGGUCUCGCAACGGAAUCCGAUCUCGACUUCAUCGACGUCCGAGGUGGUGGUGACGAUGUGGAAGAGGACCGAGAAGACAAGAUGCUGCCGAGUGACACAACGACAGAGGCCAGCGCAGCCACGACCGCUUCGUCAAACAAGGGUCCUGUCAAGCAAGAGUUGACAAUUCAACCCAAGAAGAAGCUCAAGAAGAAGGUCGAAGAGUCGUGGGAGGAUGAGAUGGGCAGCUCUUCCAGUGAAUCUGAAGUAGAGGAGAGUUGGGAUGCUGAAGACGAUGACGAGAAGAAGGAGCCGCCCGCUUGGGAGGAAGGUGAGGGCUUGUUGAACGUACUGAAAGCGUUCAAAGCUCUGAAAGAAGACUUUGACACGAAGUUCAAGGCUAUGUGGGCUUAA